AGUGUCUCGUAGCCCAGACUGACAGCAAGGUUUCCAUUUGGAACCUUGAACCACUAAAAUAUAGACAACCAAUUGAUUAUUGAUUUAUUUGCUGCGGAAUAAUUAGCGUUUUCUGAAUCUGGAACAAAAUAUCAAAGAUUUUCUCUUUUUGUUGGGGAAAAAUGACUUUCUUCAUCAACUUUGUGUUUUUGUCCACAUUUUCUGCCGUGGCUUUGUCUCUUCCAUUCCCUCACAACUCCAUCAAGAACGUUCCUAAGAAUGGCGCGAGCCGGGACUUUGAAUCAUCCGGUAACGGUCCAGUCGACGAACAGGAGCCUUUUCGGGGAACGGUCAAAGUAGUCAAACUCAACCCCAAUAACCUGGGUCUGUCGGGUCUUUUUAGACGAGGCGGGAUUUUCCCCCGAGGUGCGCCCGGUCCGAGGAUGCCUUUCCCAGCCUUCUUGUCCACGGGUCGCCCUGGCCCUCCUGCGCUCCCUGACAAAGCAGCUGCGGUGCCUCUGCAUCCACUGUCACAUCUGCACCACGGCAGUCAGGGCAAUGGCGGGAUGGGUUUGAAGAAGAGGCAAGGAUUUGAGAUGUGGCAAAGGGCCAUGGAUAAGAGCGACCACAGUAAGGCCAUGUCCAUGUCGCUGCCCCUCAGUCUCAAAGACUCUGCCAACAGACAGAGCUGCGCCGCGGUGCCUUUUACUCAGCGGAUAACGUCGGAUGGCUGCGAAGCGGUGACAGUCCACAACAAACUGUGCUUCGGUCAAUGCAGUUCGCUGUUCAUUCCCUCUGGUUGGGAGUCUGCCAGGCUGACGGGUGCAGGGGGACACCGCCGCGCGCCUUGUUCCCGCUGCGCUCCAUCCAAGGCUCACACGGUGACGGUGCCUCUGCGCUGUGGGGUGGAGGUGCGGGAGAAGCGCGUGAUGGUGGUGGAAGAAUGCAAAUGUGAGACUGGUCGUGAGGAGGGGAAUAUUGAGGCUGUGGCCUCCAUGCACUUGUAACUGAAGAUACUGUAGUUUAAGGGCGACAUUUUCCAGGUGCAAAUGCUCUGUGCGAAUUAGAAAACGCACACUGCGAGAUUAUAAUGAAGUUUAUAGUAUUUUUGCACAUUGCAA